CCAGCCCGGCCAGAGCAAGCUCUCCGGCUAGAUCUACUGGGCCCAACUUGCACCUGCACACACACCUCCUUGAUUGCCCCCUCCCUACCUUGAGCUUGCCCUUUCUGAAGCCAUCAUGUCUGUGACCAAGAGUGCUGGGAGUCCGCAGGUAGCCACCACGGUCAAGCUGGACCUUGUGUCGUUUUCUGAGAGUGCCAAGAAGGUGCAGAGCCAGGACCCCAGUCCAGUGAAUGGGAGCUCUUCAGAGUCAUCAAAGAAGACCAAGGGCAUAACAGGGUUCCAGACAUUGGUUCAUCUGGUCAAAGGCAACAUGGGCACAGGGAUCCUGGGACUUCCCCUGGCUGUGAAGAAUGCAGGCAUCUUGAUGGGCCCACUCAGUUUGCUGGUGAUGGGCCUCAUCGCCUGCCACUGUAUGCACAUCCUAGUCAGAUGUGCCCAACGCUUCUGUCACAGACUCAACAAGCCUUUCAUGGACUAUGGGGACACAGUGAUGCACGGACUGGCUUCCAGUCCCAAUGCCUGGCUGCAAAACCACGCCCACUGGGGGAGGUAUGUCGUGAGCUUCUUCCUCAUCGUCACCCAGCUGGGUUUCUGCUGUGUGUACAUUGUGUUUCUGGCGGACAAUUUAAAACAGGUAAUAGAAGCUGUUAACAGCACAACCAUCAGCUGCCACAGGAAUGAGACAGUAGUUCUGACACCCACCAUGGACUCUCGGCUCUACAUGCUCGCCUUCCUGCCCAUUCUGGGGCUUCUGGUAUUCAUCAGGAACCUCCGUGUCCUCACCAUCUUCUCCCUGCUGGCCAACGUCAGCAUGUUGGUCAGCCUGGUCAUCAUCGCCCAGUACAUCGUCCAGGGAAUUCCAGAUCCCAGCCAGUUGCCGCUGGUCGCGAGCUGGAAGACCUACCCGCUCUUCUUUGGGACAGCCAUUUUUUCAUUCGAAAGCAUUGGCGUGGUCCUGCCUCUGGAAAACAAGAUGAAGGAUGCCCGCCGCUUCCCAACCAUUCUGUCCUUGGGGAUGUCCAUCAUCACCACCCUGUACAUUGCCAUCGGGGCCCUGGGCUACCUGCGGUUUGGAGACAACAUCAAAGCCAGCAUCACUCUUAACCUGCCCAACUGCUGGCUGUACCAGUCAGUCAAGCUCCUGUAUGUUGUCGGCAUCCUGUGUACCUAUGCCCUGCAGUUCUACGUCCCUGCGGAAAUCAUCAUCCCCCUUGCUGUCUCCCAGGUGUCAAAACGCUGGGCACUGCCCGUGGACCUGUCCAUCCGGCUCGCCAUGGUCUGCCUCACAUGCAUGCUGGCCAUCCUCAUCCCCCGCCUGGACCUGGUCCUCUCCCUGGUGGGCUCCGUGAGCAGCAGCGCCCUGGCCCUCAUCAUCCCGCCCCUGCUGGAGGUGACCACCUACUACGGAGAGGGCAUGAGCCCCCUCACUAUCAUCAAGGACGCCCUCAUCAGCGUCCUGGGCUUCCUGGGCUUCGUGGUGGGGACCUACCAGGCCCUGGGUGAGCUCAUCAAGUCGGGGAACUCACUCCCCCUGUCCAACUCCACUAUGUUUAUUCAGUGACAAAGCCGCUCCUCGCCCACUGUGGAGACCUCGACUGUGGACGCUCGUUUCAUACCUUGAGCGGAGCUAUGCCAAAAGCAGCCACUAGGCGGCAGCAAACGGCAGCUUUUGGCAGAACGUGGUCCCCUGCCAGCUCAAGCUUUGAUCAUUUCCUUUUCCUGACCAUGAUCAGGGAACACUGUGCUCACAUCAGCAUCAAGAUGGAGGGGGCCAGGGCCAGGCACAAUGCCACAAUGCUCAGGUAAAAUGUCAUCUUCAAUGUUACAGAUCAGUGUGUUGAACUCUCUAAACCACUAAGUUUUAGCCCAACUCAGAAAUCCAGCAGUGAACAAGAAAAACAUAGGAUCAAGCCUCUGAGCCCAGGGCAGCAGACAGACAUCAUUUGAAUAGUUUUUUACUUCUGAAUUCCUGCAAUGAACAUCCUCUGCUACCUAUUGGGCACCAAGCACAUUAUGGGGUUCUUAAAUAACAGUUUGGGUAAAGGUGUUAUAAAAACAAGUGCUAAUAUAACGUUGCAGCUUGGUGCACCAAACAGUGGUGUAGUCUACAGGUCAUCUCUUGAGUCUUCACCUUGUAACUUGCCUUGGCCAACAGUAAAAGUGUUACAAAUGGAAAUC